AUGCUGAAGUCGGUGUUAUCAGCGAUCCCUACUUAUACCAUGUCUUGCUUUCCUCUACCGGUCGGUCUGUGCAAUCAAAUCCAAUCCGCUCUCACGCGAUUCUGGUGGGAUGCAAAUUCAUCCGAAAGAAAGAUGUGCUGGAUAGCAUGGGACUCCCUCGCAGAACAUAAAGAUGAUGGCGGUCUCGGAGUGCGGGACAUCCAGGAUUUUAAUACAGCCAUGCUCGCAAAAAACGCAUGGCGCAUCCUUACAGCCCCGGACAGCCUUCUUGCUAGAUUACUGCUCGGAAAGUACUGCCAUAACACGAGCUUCCUAUCAACACCAUGUGUGUCCUCAGCCUCACACGGAUGGAGGGGAAUCACAGCAGGAUGCCGACUCCUUAAUCUCUACUUGGGACGAGUUAUAGGCAAUGGAAGCAUGACAAAGGUCUGGUCGGAUUCAUGGAUCUCUACAACCUCCCACAUCCUCCCCAUUGGGCCCCCAACAGAAAGCUGCAGAGACCUGUAUGUAUCGGACCUUCUCACUAGAGAAUCACGCCAAUGGAACCAGGCGCUGGUGGAAACGGUGCUCCCGGAGUUCGCCUCGCAGAUUCUCCUCCUCCGACCGAGUAUACAAAACGCAGAAGAUUUCUACUGCUGGCAGAGAACUAAAUCAAGCAUUUACAGUGUCAAGUCCGGAUAUUAUGCGCUGAGAGAGGAUCACAGGAACACAUCACUACAGGCCCCACAAAUCAACCCCUUUGACUGGCAGAAACAUGUAUGGAAAAAAGAAACCUCUCCAAAGCUCAAGCUCUUUCUUUGGAGACUUUGUCGUGGAGCACUACCACUAGGCGCCAACCUGCAGAACAGAGGAAUCGCAACACCUGGCUCCUGCCCACACUGCAACGCCCAUGAGACAACCAUGCAUUUGUUUAUGGAAUGCCCUUUUGCUCAACAGCUUUGGGAGUUAGCUCCAUUUGGUCAGCAACUCGAAUUCUCCAAUGUAACCUCAGCACCCGAGUUACUCAUGGCGUCUUCCUCUUGGAUUUGCUUACCGCCCACAGGUAUCACGAGUGAUCUAGUUUCUUGGUUGCUGUGGGGUAUUUGGAAUGCCCGGAACUUGCUUGUCUUUGAAAACAGGGCUAUACCAGCGAAGCGAUCCAUGGAGAUAGCAAUAGGAGCGGCCCGAGAAUGGUUACUGGCUCAGAACCAAGCAGCUACUCUCCCAAAGCAAGCCCCUCCCCGAUUCGAUCAACCGCCAUCGCGCCUGGACAUCACACUGUGUAACUCCGAUGCUGCCUGGUCUGCGUCUUCUAUGCAGGCGGGUCUAGGCUGGCAUUUCGUCGACGAUCAAGCCUCUGCCCUGGAACAAGGAUCAUGCGUCCUGCAGCGAGUCUCAUCCCCUCUCAUGGCGGAAGCGCUGGCCAUGAGAGAAGCAGUCACGGAAGCGAAGCGCACAUCCCUCCUCAAAGUCUGGUUUAGAACCGACUCUCUCGAGCUCGCACGAGCUUUAAACUCGAAAUCAUAUCCGGUGGAGCUUUAUGGAGUUCUCAUGGAUAUCAAGUUACUAUCCCUCUCUUUCAAUUUCUUCUUUGUGUCUUUUGUUGGACGUGAGCACAAUGUAUUGGCAGACUCACUAGCGAAAUCUGCUUUAAGCACUGGCUCUGUUCGGUUGUACUGA